UUUCUAUUGUAAUUUAACAGAGCGCAAGAACUUAAUAUUUAAGCCAGACUGCAUGUCAAGCCAUCCCAGUCUGCUGAGUGCAAGGAUAUUGUGAAGACUGACACACUGACUGAAGCAUGUUCAAGGCUGUGUUGCUCUUUUUUGCUUUGGCUGGCCUUCAAGCCAAACCUUUGCAAAACGAUGCUCUUCGCUUCCAAAAUGGUGGCUGGGUAAUUAGAGCCCCACAGUUGGUCCAAGAUGAAUACAUGGACAACCCUGUCCAUUCGGAACACCGCAGACUGGACACGGCACCCUCUACAAAUUUCCUAAUGAAUCUGAAUAAUGGCCUUCUCAAGAAACACAGCAGUGAAAUGGGGAAGAGGGUUGGAGAACCUGAACCUCAGUGGGAGGUUGUACUUGCUGCUGACAAUGAAGUAAAAGUGCAGGACGAUUCAAAGCAGAAGGCCACCCCUGUUGAGGACCGCAGACAAGGCACAGAACCUUCUAGGCGCUUUCUCAUGGAUGUGAACACUGGCACGCUAAAGAAACACGUCAGCGAGAUGGACAGGAGAGUUGCAGGGUUCUACAAUUAUCCAUCCAACUAUGAGUUCAGACAGGGCACUCAGAACUCUCAGGCUACUUUGGUGGACAUCAGGACUGGACAGCUCCUGGGGCCAUUCUCAGAAAUGCAGAGGAGAGCAGCACCAGGUAAAGCUCAAGGAAACGGUGUAGAAGAGAAACUGGAAAGCCAAAAAGCAGUCCCUGUUGAGUUCCGUAGACAGGGCACAGAACCUUCUAGACGCCUCCUGGUGGAUCUGAACACAGGCUUGCUCAAAGAACACGUCAGUGAGAUGAACAGACGAGUUUCAGGCUACUAUAACCCUCCAACCAAUUAUGAGUUUAGGCAAGGAACUGAGAACUCUCAGAGAACUCUGGUGGACAUUCGCACUGGCCUGCAGCUGGCUCAGCUUUCAGAGAUGCAGAGGAGAACAGCACCAUUGUAUGAAUUCAGUCAAGGCACCGAGUACAGCCCAGCAACCUUGAUGGAGCUGAGAAAAGCACAGAUGAUGAUGGGUAUGCAGAGAGCUGGCGUUAGCAAAGAUGAAACUGAUGCCCAAGACUCCUCCGAUAAAGCAGUUCCACCUGAGCUCCGUAGGCAGGGCACUGAACCUUCUAGACGUUUCCUCAUGGACCUCAAUACUGGCAUGCUAAAGGAACAUACCAGUGAGAUGGACAGAAGAGUUGCAGGCUUCUACAACUAUCCAUCCAAUUACAAGUUCAGACAGGGUACUGAGAACUCUCAGGCUACACUGGUGGACAUGAAGACUGGACAACCUUUGGCUCCACUUUCAGAGAUGCAGAGAAGAACAGCAGUGUUGUCUGAGCAAGGUACCGAAUACUCUCAAGAGAUUUUAAAGAAGCUGCAGAACAACUACAUUGUACAGAACCUUCAAUCCAAUGAAGUAAAGGUUCCUGAACAUCCUCAAACCACUGAGUUACACAAAGUUCUGGAAGUGAACGAAGUGGAUGUGUCUGUUAUGGAGGAGUUCAGGCACGGCAUGGAAUAUAGCCAUGCUAACAUAAUUGAUAAUCGCAUCAUGGAGACUUCUAAGGUGAAGAAAACUAAGGGAACUGCUCUGUGCCAAGGGGAGGUCAUUGAUGGCAAGUGCUAUCUUUUCAACCCAGAUUUACUGACCUUCAGUGAAGCAGAGGCUUCCUGUAAACGACUCUCUUCCCUCGGACACCUGGCCUCUGUAACAAGCGCUGACCUACAUGCACACCUUGUCACUAUGGUGACCAGGGCCAAGAGCGACAGAGUUUUGACAUGGCUGGGAGGCAUCAUGAAGAAUAGCCAGUUUGAGUGGAUUGAUGGGUCCAGCUGGGGGUAUAGUGACUGGAUGCCAGGUCACCCAAGAUUACUGAAACAGAAGACGUUUUGCAUGGAGAUGUUCAGAAUUGAUGAGAGCUGGUGGACAGCUGCAGACUGUGGCCUGAAGAGAGCAUCAAUUUGCUCAUACCCUGUAAUGCCAUAAUGAUCCAUCUCAGUAGUCUCUAUAGAAUCCACUUAUCAUAAAAUGUAUUGAAUACGUUCUUAUAAAGCAGACUGCAGGUAAAAUAAGUUGGCUAGGGCCAGCAUGAGAAAAAUAUAUAUGUUUUUGCUGGUGUAAUAAAUGCAUUUGCCUGCCUGAUUAGAAAGAGGCUCUGUCUCAU